UCUCUCUCUCUCUCUCUUCCUCCCUCCCUCUUUCUCUUACACUCGAUGCUGAUGUACUGAUGUGCUCCACUCUACACACACUCAGCACUGCGCUCUGAGCUCCACACUGUAGGUUUAAUCACCACCACAACUACAGCAGUAGGAUGUGUGGUGUGGACAUGGAUCUGGAAGAUGAUGGUGUGCAGGACGAGUGUGAGGUGGAGGAGGUUUCCCAGGAUGCUGUGCGGUUGCUAGCCCCGCCCCUGGCUGAGUGUAAUGGGGAGGCGUGGGGGUCACGGCGGGGUCGUGGGGUGUGUGUGCUCUGUGGCCUGAUGCUGGCGUUGUGGAAUGUGGGAGUGGGCGUGGCCUGUGUGAUGCUGCUGUGUGUUGUGUUCAUGCUGGUGUUAACACCACCAACACUCCUACUGUACACUGGCUUUCUGUGUCACACACGGGUUCUAGCUUCCCCCUCCACUCUCUGCCGUUACCUUGACGACAAUAGUUGCUCUGCCCUUAUCAUCUUAGGCUUUGUGAUGAUGUCACCGUUAGUCGUGGUUGCCGCGGUGACCUACUGCAGCCUGCUCAGAAGAUUUCAUCUCCUUCAAAUCUUUCAGCCUCUCAGUGUGGCUCGACACAGGGGGCGGGGCUUCGUCUGGAAACGGGACGUCCAGGCUUGGGUCUGAUUAGAGUUCUCUGCAGAUUAAAACUUUAUGGUUAAUUCCUGGUUGAAGGCUAAUUUUUGUUACAAUAAAUCCAACACACACUGUGAGCGUUCAUACAAACAGCCCCUAGCCGUUAGCAGCUAUGUGGCUAAGGUGAGUAAAUAAAGAAAUCCUGGAUGCAGUGGAUUAGUGGGGACCUGUGUGCUGUGUGGAGUUUACAAUAAAAGAACAUUUUAUUUUGCAACAAUUCUACGUUCAAGUCAAGUUUAUUUCUAUUGCGCUUUUCACAACAGACAUUGUCUCAAAGCAGCUUUACAGAAUUGAAGAGAAAGUUCAUGUUAACACUUAACUCAUUUGUGUAACUUAUAGCGAGUGUGUUGUGGGCGUGGCCUGCUAUAAGAUUAACACACACUGCAAAAUGUAUUUAAGUUUUAUUUAUGUACCAUCGUCCUCCUCUGAUAAGAUUAGCAAAAAUAGAUCCUUGUAUUAGCUACAUACACUCACCAGUGACACAAUCUUCUCUACUUCCUCCUAAGCUUUAUUUAUCUUCAUAACAUCUCAAUACCUGUGUGAUGAGAGCUCCUGAUCUACAGGAAGCACUCACCUCGGUUUUGUUGCGCUGUAGCUUUGUACCUGUGGAACACGUGAUGCGUGAGUGUUCUGUAUAUAGUGUAAAGUGCUGUAAAUACAAACCCAUAACCUGCAGAAGUGUGAACCCUGACCUCACCUCCACGACCACACCACUCUACGGUGGCCAUUUUCACAUGACUUUCCAAAUGGUUUCCUUAGGAUUUUUGUUGUGGGAAGUUCUGAGAUGAAGCUGAACGCAGUAUUACAGCUCACACUUCUUGUGUGUUUGGUGCUGAGGUCAGGGUGAGGUGUGUGUGUGCUACAGAGAUGCCGCUCACACUCUCCUGUACAGCAUUUCACUGGAAUUUUGUGUGUUUUUUGAACACAUUUUAUACACAUUAAAGCUGUUUAACCUUCUGAACUGAACACACUGCAUGCUGCAAGAUUUCUAUUCCAACUGGGAGCUGAUGAUGUCAUAACGAGAGGCGUUACAGUGGCUGACCAAUCAGCAGCUUUGUUUUCAGUCUGAACUCAUCUUAUAUUCCUGUGUGUAACUUCUAAACUCUGUGUAUCAUGUGGAAUAAAAAUAAA